AUGCACAUCCUCGGCCUCGCCAACGGCAGCAUAGGCGGUAACUCAACCAUCCUGCUCAAAGCCGCGCUGCAAUCCGCCAAAACCUCUCACCCCUCGACAACAACAUCCUGGAUCCACAUCCCCUCGCUCUCCUACCCGCCAAACGCCGGUCCCCUCAGCCACGCCCAAGAUGUAUCCAUGGGCGCCAAUGCAGGGAACAACGUCGACGGCUCCUCGGCCAGCCUCAACACUGUAAUCGACGACCGCAGAGCGCUGUACGAAUCUAUCAUGGACGCCGACGCCCUGAUCUUCAGUACGGCGGUGUACUCGCACCAGGCCGCGGGGUGGUUGAAAGCUGUGCUAGACAAAGUGCUAGGGCCGUACACGGACCCAGCGUUUGCGUCGCGCAUACUGGCGGGCCAGAAGAACGGCGAGGCGAACUUCUUAGCCAUGAGCGUCGACGAGCGCAUUCUGAAGCCGCGCGUUUGCGGCUUCUUGGCGGUUGGCGGGAGCACGACGCCCGACCAGUUCACCAUGGCGCUGCCCACCCUGCAUCUGCUCGCGUACGGCCUGCACGUCAAAGUCGUUGAUCAGGAGGUCAUGAUGGGGUGUGCGAACCCGGGGGCUGUGCUGCACGCGCGCGAUGGCGGUGUGAUGCGCAGAGCUGAGGAACUGGGAAGGAGAGUGGCGAGCCAGAUGGGAAAGGGGUUCGACGAGGCGGCGUAUCUGGGGCCAAAGGUUGAGGGCGCGUGUCCGCAGUGUCAUUUGGCCAAGUAUGAUUUCUUUGGCGGCGAAGAGAUGAGGGUGGGAUGUGUGGUUUGUGGGAAUACGGGGAGGUUUGUUGUGCAGGGAGGGAAGGUGGAAGUGCAAUGGGAUGAGGAGAGCGAUUAUUGUUGUAUUACGUGGAGGGGGAAGGAGAAGCAUAUCGAUGAUAUAUUCAAGAACGGGAGUGCCGAGUGGAAAGGGCUGCAGGAGAGUAAGGAGAAGUUGCAGGAGUGGAGGGACUUGGAUCUUGGGAGGUUGCAAUUGCCGUCGGAACAGCAAGCCAAGGUUGUGAGCACGUUGGCUCAGAUGCGAUUAUAA